CGUAGUUGGAUGCACACCGGCUUACGGUGCGAGGGGUCCUGGGUUCGAGUCCCGGGUAAGGCAUGGGUGUAACAUAUAUAUUCUGAUAUUUGAUAAUGACUCGAAAUUGAGAUUCACGCUGAAUAUGAUGACCCUUUGGUUGUUGGCGAAAAGCUGUAGGCCACAUAACAAAUAAAAAAAAAAUAAAAAAAAAAGUAGGCUUCCCUUCCCAUCGCGGGAGCCAGGUGUUGUCUGAGUUCGCCAUGUUUAAGUUCCUGAGUUUCCUAUAUUUAUACAUUUCAGUUUUAAAUUAAAGUAUAGUGCCAGUCAAAUGGACCUUUAUGAAAUUUAAAGUUUUAGUGUAAGACCAGUCAAAUGGACCCGGAAGAAGAAUUUCUCAUAACAUUCUUUAGUCAUGUAUCCCAGCUCAAUUUUGAUAAAGCAAAAGAGCGUCUGGAGCAGCAGCGAGUGGCACAGCCUCAGUCGGGACCAUGGCACACGCUGGUAACACUGCUGCCUCAGUUGGCUGCUGCAGAGCGGUCAUACAUGGAUCUGGGCUUCUUUCUUCCACGCAACAAGGGCUUCCUCCGGAAAGACAACUCCCUUCGCUCCAUCUACGAUGCCAGCUGCACCGACUACCGUCGCCUGGAAGACGUGGCUCGGUCGACGGGGGCGGGGACCAUCGCCACCGUGGCCAAUCAGCUGUCCCAGUUCUGCAUGGCUCGUGUGGAGCUGAUUGACUUCUACGAGAGGAUGUACGUGACGAGCUGCGGGAAGCAGCUCUGCUACCAGGAGCUGAGCACGCACAUCGAGGACCUGGCAGCCAAGCACGCCAUGUCCUUCAGCCACAUGACGCUCACCUCGGUGAAGGCCACCUUCAGCCUGGAGUGCGAGGUGCUGGUGCACCUGCUGCGUGCCCAGCUGGAGACGCAGCACUGGCGCUUCCUGCACGCCCUCAUGCAGCUGCACGGCGCUCACACCAGGGUCGCAGCGUGGGAGCGCUCCCUGCACAGCAAGGAGUCGUGGACGCUGGGGUUCGGAGCAACGUUCCUGAAGACUAGCCAGCUGCCCGGACUGUUCCAGUGGCUGCUGAAGCUGAAGGCAGCACUGGUGGCCAAGUUCUCUCUGUAUUUCUACUGCACGCUCGCCAUGCAGACAGUUGCCCCCGAGAUGAAGGCCUUGUGCUCCAGGCUCAGCUGCGACUACUACCACAAAAUGCAGACAUUCCAGCGACGCUACGAUGCCAGCGCAGUGAUGCUGGUGUUUGAUGCACACGACCUUGACGACUUUCCUGGCCCAGGCUACCACCUGCCCGACCGGCCAGUGGAGCGUCUCUCCAACCUGCAUGCAUAUCCCAUCGUCAUCAGCUGUCCCGUGAAACCCUUGAACCACAUCCCCAACGUGGCGAAGGUGCUGAGUGAGCGUGCGGCAGAGCUGGCAGCCAUGGACAAGGUCAUCUUCUACUUCAGCGAGAAGGAGCAGAGCACGUACGCGCUGGCACUGACUGACCCCCGCAUGAGCCUGGUGGUGAUCUUCGACUCGAAGAAGACGGAGAAGGACUCGUUCAUCACAAACUUUGUGUCGGAGCUCAGUCAGCAGCUACGCUGUCACAAGGUCAUAUCCAGCCUCAAGUUGAGCGCCAAGUGAUGCCCAACAGCACCUGUGUUCUCUGUUCCGCAAGCCAACUGGCCGGUUGUAGUGGUUUACUGAGCAAAUGCUUUAAUUUUAAGCUCAGAUGUGAAUGAAGAGAUUCAUGAAAAUGUAUGUUAUCAGUAUAGACAUGCAAAAUUCGCUGAUUCAUUUCGCGAUAGGCUAGCAUCAAAACAACUAUACCUUCGUACCGCUUCUGCGAUUGGCCCACAUUUUAUCCGGGGAACUGUGAGCCAAUGGGAAACACUAAACCAAGAAAGUGCCGAAUUACGGACAGCCUAGUUGAUACGUCUCAAGCGUCAGUAGCCAAUGAACAGGUGUCAUUUACGCGAGUAUUUAAAGAACUGUGGAGUCUAUCCUAGAGUUCAAUGAAUCCGCGAAUUUUGCAGGUCUCUAGUUAUCAGGAAUGUUGAAAAAGUAACCUUAUCUUUUCAAGGCAGAUUACAUUUCCUGUCUGAGUAAACAGUAGUGUCUUUAUAAACACUUUGGGCUAGUAUGAAAGUAAAUAAUUGAUUAGGGGCUCAUUUAAAAUAUUGGAAAACCCAAAAAUUAAUAUUAAAAUUAAGGUAUAAAAAUAUUUUAUAUUAUUUUUCUAUGCUAUUUCAUUGUUCCUACAUAACUUUCAACAUUUAAAUUAUGACAGUAAAUUUACUGGCAUUUGUAGAUUGUGACGUAUUUGGUAAUAUUUGUGUUCAUAAUUUUAGUAACACAAGUCGUUAGUUACUAUACUCAGGUAUUUUACAAUGUUUUCAAUGUUGGCUGAAUAAAUAUUACUGUUUGUUUAUUCA